AUGGCGACGAAUGUCGGCUCUUACACAAACCCGCUCAAGAAGUUCAAGCUGGUCUUCUUGGGCGAGCAGUCAGUCGGCAAGACAUCUCUAAUCACUCGAUUCAUGUACGACUCCUUCGACUCAACCUACCAAGCGACGAUCGGCAUCGACUUCCUCAGCAAAACGAUGUACCUCGAAGACCGCACAGUGCGCCUACAACUCUGGGACACAGCGGGGCAAGAGCGGUUCCGAUCCUUGAUCCCAUCAUAUAUCCGCGACAGUAGCGUUGCGGUAGUAGUAUACGACAUCACGUCGAAGAAGUCCUUCGAGCAGACAAGGAAAUGGGUGGAUGACGUGAGAGGGGAGCGCGGGAACGAUGUGAUCAUUGUGCUCGUGGGAAACAAGACAGAUUUGAGUGAGAAGAGAGAGGUGACAGCACAGAUGGGCGAGGAAGAGAGCAAAAGGUUAGGAUGCAUGUUCGUGGAGACCAGCGCUAAGGUCGGGCAUAAUGUCAAGGGCCUCUUCAAGAAGAUUGCUCAGGCACUGCCUGGCAUGGAAGGUGAGGGGCAGCAGGGUGUUGCCAACACAAUCGAUGUAAACGUGAACGCACCAAAGCCAGAAAGCGAAGGUGGCUGCAACUGCUAG